AUGGGCAAUAUCAGCAGAGUGACUGAGUUUCUCCUGGAGGACUUUGCUGAGGUGUGGGAACUCAGGCUCCUGCUCUCUACAUUGUUCCUGUUGAUGUACCUGGCCACCAUUUUAGGGAAUCUGAUCAUCAUCACUGUCACCACCAUUGAUAGGAACCUGCACACGCCCAUGUAUUUCUUCCUCAGGAAUCUGUCCUUUGUGGACAUGGGUUACGUUUCUGUCACUAUCCCCAAUGCCUAUGUCAACUCCCUCAUUGACAACAGAGCCAUCUCUAUGGCUGGCUGUGCAAUGCAGAUACUUCUUGUUAUUUUUUGUGCGUCUGUGGAGCUGUUUUUCCUCACCAUCAUGGCCCACGACCGGUCUGUAGCCAUCUGCCAGCCCCUCCACUACCCUGUCAUCAUGAACCACCAGUUCUGUGUCCAGGCCACACUGGCUUCCUUACUCAGUGGUCUCAUCUAUGCAGCUCUUCACACUGGCAGUACAUUCAGGCUGUCCUUUUGUCAGUCCAACGUGGUUCCCCAGUUCUUCUGUGACAGCCCCUCUCUAAUAAGGCUGUCUUGCUCAGAUACCUUUAGCAAUAAACUCUUAAUUAUUUUUUCAACCAUAGGUGUAGGCGGUGGAUGUUUUAUCUUCAUUGUUUUAUCAUAUAUUCGCAUAUUUUCAGCAGUGUUGAAGAUCCAUGUCAAAGAAGAGCGAGGAAAGGUUUUUUCCACCUGUGUGCCUCACAUUCUUGUGGUGUCUAUGUUUCUUGGUUCUGGUGUCACUGUAUACCUAAGGACUUCAGCAAUCUCUAAAGGUAUUCAGAACCUAAUUCUAUCUAUAUUUUAUACCAUUAUACCCCCGUUUCUGAAUCCUAUCAUCUAUAGUCUUAGAAAUAAACAAAUAAAAGAGGCAGUGGAAAAAAUAAUGUUAAGAAUGUUGUAUUCAGGAAAACUUUAA